AUGUGGAAGGUAGAGUUGACGGAUGUUGGUCCGGAUUUCUCUGACACUGACGUUGUAAGGGCUAUCGAGUCGCGGAACUGUCGGCGUCUGCUAUACCUCAUUAGAGCCGGUGCCGUCGAAGUGAACAAACGGGACGGGCUAACCGGCGGAAGCUACCUCCAUCGGAUAGUCGAGACUUGUCGAACAGUUCCAUCCUGUGAGGAGAUGAAAGUUGUGCCUCUGGUAUACGCUCUGUCAAACGCCGGCAUUGACAUGGACGCUGUGGACAGCCAAGGCAAUACAGCAUUGCGCAUGUCCAUUAGGUACCGUCUUCUAGACGUCAUGGUGGCCUGUCUCAAGGCUGGCGCCAAUGCUGACCAAACUGAGGAGGAGCUCAUAGCCAAACACACCGCAUUGUUCUCUUACGAGUUUUUCAACUGGUUCAGAAAACUUGUGCCGGGAUAUUGGCAAGCAGUGGAGGAGAACAACGCCUUUCGUGUGAACAAACUGGUAAAAUCUUGGUGCAGAAUUAAUGUUGAACGCGGGAACGAGUCUCUGUUGGAGUUUGCGAAAAGAAUCAAUGCAAAACGGAAAAUUGUUGAUCUUCUAGAACAGAAUGAGGCUUCCAUUGAUUUCGCCCACGCGACAAUAGCCGGUGAUGAGGAACGCAUGAAGUUCUUGUUGUGCAAUCGUUCUGUUAGUCUAAACACAGUGGAUUAUUCUCACAGGAAGGACAUCUUUUCACAGUUAACUCCCUUGUCAUUACGAGAAACAGCUUUGGCAUAUGGCCACCAUCAUGUGUUGCAUUUGCUAGAAGACCGCACCUUUGAGAGGCGAAACAGACAGGCAAAGCCUUCCAGUAUUUGUGCAAUAACAUGA